AUGCGGAACCUCCGCAACAUCCGCUAUGAUGUGUGCCACGAUGCUACCGGUGCCACAGCAGCCUGCUGGGAUGCCGGGCAAGACGAGGUGAUUGCGGCCUUUGGCCCAUCAGAGGACGAGCCGAAGGUGCGGCUGACCCGCGUCGUCGACCGCUCUGAGCUAACUUGUCAUGACUUUGCUUCAUGGGAUGCUCUCAGUCCUAACCCAGACAUGGUCGUGGACCGGAUUGUGAGCCUGCACUAUUUUGGCGACCUGGCCACGGUCUGUGUCAUCAUGGCCGGUGGCGACAUUGUCAUGGCCCGUGAGGAGACGUCUGGGUCAUAUGAACCUGUGCACAUUGAAAUUGUCGGCUCUGUCGACCCAGGCAUUGCAGCCGCCCGUUGGUCGCCCGACGAGGAGGUGCUUGCGCUUGUCACCACUGGCGGCAACUUGAUAUUGAUGAGCCGGGCCUUCGAGACGAUCGGGGAGACGCCCCUGACCCCUGCCGACCUGGCAGCCUCAAAGCACGUCUCUGUAGGCUGGGGAAAGAAGGAAACCCAGUUCAAGGGCCGUGGUGCUGCGAAAGCCAUGCGCGACCCUACAAUACCCGAGAUGGUCGACGACGGCACGCUGAGUCCGGCAGAUGAUGCGUCUGCCGUGACCAUCAGCUGGCGUGGGGAUGGCGAGUAUGUGGCUGUGAAUGCAGUGGAAGCAAUCGUCGAAGGCGGGGACGACGCAGCAAAUUCGCCAGAGACGAAGACGAAGCGCCGGCGGGUCGUUCGUGUCUACAACCGCGAGGGUGUACUUGACAGUGCCAGCGAGCCUGUUGACGGCUUAGAGAGCUACCUAAGCUGGCGGCCGUCCGGAAAUCUGUUGGCAACCGUUCAACGCAAACCUGGGGGGAGCCACCCUGACCAGUUUAACAUCAUCUUCUUCGAACGCAAUGGCCUCCGGCACGGCCAGUUUGAGCUCCGUUUGCCGUCAACGGGAGCUGGUACAGGGCCCGUGGGUCUCGACUGGAACACCGAUUCCACGGUGCUUGCCAUCACAUACGGAAGCGAAGUCCAGUUCUGGACCAUGGGCAACUACCACUGGUAUCUCAAGCAGGAGAUUGUCACGAGGUCACAGCGACCACUGACGGUGUGGCACCCCGAAAAGCCACUACGCCUUGUUACCUCCACUUUCGACGGCCUCGCCAGUGCCGAAUAUGUCUUUUGUACGGCCCGGGGAACCCUCACGCCACCGAAUGACCACGGCUCUGUCGCCGUCAUAGACGGCAAGUCUAUAAAGCUGACACCGCUGCGUGCCACAAACAUGCCCCCGCCAAUGAGCCUCUUCGAGCUUCCUACCAGCCUACCGGCAAUUGACGUUGCCUUUUCCCCCAAAGACGAUGCCCUCGCCGUAUUGACCUCGAGUGGGCUUGAGGUGUUCUCGUGGACGUGGCCUGCCACUGCGAAACGGUCGCCGCAGCCAACACUCGCGGCCUCGCUCUCUUUUGCACAUGAUGCCAACUUUGUUGGGUUUGUCCCGCUGGAAGUGUGCUUCAUCCAGGGCUCAAAGUACGCCGUGUACGUUCUUGGUUGGGAUGCGUUGUCUCGGACGCAGAUACGUUCUUUUGUACUUGACCGCGAAGGUGGCCAGUUGGCGCCAACGGACCCAGUGUCAGUUGCACGCGGCUCGAUCCUGGCAACGGCCCACCAGGGCCGCGAUCUAUAUACUCAAGAUCCUUCAGGCGCUCUGACUCAACUGAACGCGGAAGCCCCCUCUGCUUUCCCAUUCCGUGCGAAGCUACCUAGUCUCCUUCCUUGGGUCGAGGUCGUCGAGUCUGGCGAAUCUGGACCUCAGUUUGCCAUUGGCUUGUCGAGAAACGGACACCUCUACGCCAAUGAGCGUCAAUUGACCAAGAACUGCACUUCCUUCGUUGUGACGGAUGACCACCUUGUCUUCACAACAAGCAAUCACCUCCUCAAAUUCGUUCACCUGACAGACGUCCACGAUCUCGAAAUCCCACUCGACGAUCCUGAAGCUGAUGAGAGAUGCAGAAGUAUCGAGCAGGGUGCGCGUCUUGUCACGUCGAUCCCAUCCAACCUGUGCGUCGUCCUUCAAAUGCCUCGAGGAAACCUAGAGACCAUCUUUCCUCGAGCUAUGGUUGUGGCCGGCAUCCGGAAGCUGAUCGACGCGCUCGACUAUGGUAAAGCCUUUGCCUUUUGCCGAUCCCAGCGUGUCGACAUGAACAUUCUCUACGACCAUACACCGCAGCAGUUCCUUGCCAAUGUCGACCUGUUCCUUGACCAGCUCAACGACGUCGCGUCCAUUGACCUGUUCCUGUCCUCCCUAAAGGAAGAGGAUGUGUCUCAAACCAUGUACAAGGACACGAAGAAAACAAGUACAGCCACACCAUUUAGACUACCUCAGCUGGUGCCACCGACCCCGGCGCCCGCAUCAGCGUCAUCCACCAAGGUCAACACGGUGUGCGAUGCAGUUUUAGCCCGUCUGGCAACGCGGAAGAAAACCAACCUCCAGAACAUCAUCACAGCGCACGUGUCCAAACUGCCGCCGGCAAUUGAUGACGGUUUGACUGUUGUUGCCCAGCUCCUUCACGCCAACGAUACGGCUGCAGCCAGAACCGUGUCGGCAAAGGCCGUGGAGCACAUUUGCUUCCUUGUCGACGUCAACCAGCUCUACGACCACGCCCUAGGCCUGUACGAUCUGGACUUGACAAUAGCCAUUGCACAACAGUCCCAACGAGACCCCAAGGAGUAUGUCCCAUUUAUUCGGACCCUGCACGAAAUGUCACCAACCUGGCGCAAAUUUUCCAUCGACGACCAUCUCGAGCGACAUGAGAAGGCGCUUAGCCACCUCGCCGACUUUGACGACUUCAACGAGUUCCUACAGUACACCAACAAGCACCGUCUGUACAAGAAGGCUCUUGGGAUCUACCGCUACAAUACCGAGCGCCACUCCGCCAUCACCAAUGCAUAUGCCGAGUAUCUUGUCACCCAGUCCAAGUUCCGCGAGGCUGGCCUGGCGUACGAGUCGCUGCAGAACUUUUCGAAAGCGGCGAGCUGCUACCAGUCUGCGGGCGUAUCCUGUUGGCGAGAAUGCCUCUUUGCCGCACAGAGUCAGACGCCACCUUUAUCCAGCGAUGUUUUCAGCGAGCUUACCUCCAAUCUUGUCGAUGCCCUCCUCGAGGCGCGCGACUACACUGCUGCAGCCAAGAUUCAGCUGGAGUACCUCGCGUCUGUCGAGGGCGUGCGCACCCUGUGCAAGGCAUACGAGUUUGCCGAGGCGAUGCGCGUGACGGCGCGCCUGGGCCGUGCGGAUCUACUACAGACACAUGUCGACCCGGGCUUGGGCGAUGCCCUCUCUUCGUCGACGGAGCUCUUGGCCGACUGUCGGUCUCAGCUGAAGGCACAGGUGCCUCGCAUACUCGAGCUCCGGCAGAAGGCCAUUGAGGAUCCACUCGGCUUCUACGAGGGCGAACGGCUGGGCGGCGAAGACGUCCCCGACGACGUGUCCAUUGCGGCCAGUUCACGCAUCAGCACGAGUGCCAGCCUGUUCACGCGCUACAGCACAGGCACCGCCGCCACGGGCAAGACGGGCGAGACGGGCGGCACCGGGACCACGCAGCAGCACCGGAACCGCAAGAAGCGCGAAGAGAAGAAGCGCGCCCGCGGCCGGAAGGGCACGGUGUACGAGCAAGAGUACCUGAUCAACAGCGUGCGGCGUCUCGUUGAGCGUGUGGAGCGGGCGCGGCCGGAGGUCGAGCGCCUUGUCGUAGGCCUGACGCGGCGUGAUAUGGCCGAGCGGGCGCGUGCCAUAGAGGCUCUGAUGGCCGAGCUGAUUGAGGCAUGCCAAGCGGCCAUCCGCGAAGUGUGGCAGCAACCAGCCUUUGUCGGCGGCCAGACAGCGCCUGCGAUGGCCACUCUCAGCGUGGAGAACGCCAACGGCCAGAGCCAAGACAACGGCGGCGAUGCGGCACCGGCCAACAACAACACGACGCCAUGGAUUGCUGGCUUUGAGCGUCUGUCGCUCCUCGGCUAA